AUGUCUGUGUCUCACAGUUCAAGACUUAACAAGGGGGUAAGGGAGCAGUACAUGAAAUUGCCCCAAGGAGGGAUGGUCCAGGUCACUUACGUCUGGAUCGAUGGGACUGGGGAAGGAGUCCGCUGCAAAACAAAGACCCUGGACUAUGAACCAAAGUCUGUUGAAGGUAAGACAAAUGCCCCCUCCCCCACAUUGCAUCCUGUUGUGACUGUCUGUCCUUCGCCCUGCAUGGGGUGUCUAAUUACACAGAGCUUGAAAAGUGUCUAUUCAGGGUGUAGCCCUUUAAUGGUGUAUCUGGCUCAAUCCUGUCUGAGCCAUUCUGCUCCCUCUUAAAGGAAUAUUGAGAUGCAUUUUAAAAAUCCUUUUCUGGAAGUAAAAUUUACACUAGUCUUUAAGAAUUUGGAUAGAAGCCAGCUAUCCUUGGACAGACUAACACGUUCUUCUACAAGAGAACCUUGACUGGCCUAUGGGGAGGAGUGCAAAAUUUAUUACUUUAUUUUUUUUCUUGCUAUUUUACAUUUUGAGCGUUUCAGUGGCUUACGGUCUGAUCUUGUCAGUAACGGUGAUCCCAGCUUUGCAGAAAGUUACUGCUAUAACUUUAAGUAUAGUUGAAAGACAUGACUCCUUUGUUCGCUCUUGUAAACACUUAAAAGUGGAAUAUGCUGGCUGAUAAAUGGCUACAUUUAUGUAAAAUAUUUUUUAAUUAUUUUGUGUUGCUACUUUAUCACGAAACUUCUGGAUUCAGUAUGUUCACUGGUGCUUUUAAUGUUUUAUUUCAGAGAUCCCAGAAUGGAACUUUGAUGGAUCUAGCACGUUCCAAGCAGAAGGAUCAAACAGUGAUAUGUACCUUGUCCCUGUCCACAUGUUCAGAGACCCUUUCUGCCUGGACCCCAACAAGCUGGUCAUGUGUGAAGUUCUGAAAUACAACCGUAAAGCUGCAGGUAAAAAUGGGCAAUUUGCUGAAAUCACAAAAGUCCACUUUUGGACUUUAUUUAUUUUUUCCCCUUCAAGUCAUCAGGCUUCGUCAGUCUGUGGUCUGAACUGCAGAACUCCUGCAUAUAUAACUAUAAACUGCGCUUUGACCAGUGUUGUGAUGAGCUACUGAUGGUUAAAUUAGGUGCUUAGAAAUCCAUGGAAAAACAGCCCCACCCCAGAUCCGUGUAAACAAUUGGUUUGCUUUGAUAAAGUUGCUGAAUGAUGUGUAAGUUGAACUUUGUGUAUUUACAAUCCUCCCUUUCUCUGCAGAAACCAACUUGCGUCAUACGUGCAGUAAAGUAAUGGACUUGGUUAGGGAUCACCGACCCUGGUUUGGGAUGGAGCAAGAAUACACCCUGCUAGGAAUCAAUGGUCACCCUUAUGGCUGGCCCGAUAAUGGCUUCCCAGGGCCACAAGGUAAUCCACAUUAUCUGAAAGCAUUGAAUCUGUUCUUGUAAAAGUCGUCUGUUGGUUUUAACAUUCUACAGCACAGAGGUUAAUGUUGGAACCAUCUGGUCAAUGUGUGCCGUGCAGGUCACAUGCAUCUACAGACUGCUUCGUCUGUGUCCUGUGCUCAUUAACAUGCUCUUAGCUGGGGAAAUGUUGAUGGGAGCUUGGAUAUCUCCUGGCUACAUAAGUCUGUCACUGGGAUCGAAACCUGGAAAUUCUGCCUUUCCAGACCAAAAUAUCUUCUGAUGACAUAGGCCAUCAGAACAGUCUACUAGAAAAUUCUCAGUCUGGUAACAUCUGUGGAUAAAACGUUCGUUUGGUUUUGUUUUUUGUUUUUUUUUGUUUUUGUUUUUUUGCGUAUCGAGGCAGGAAACAAAAUAGAUGCCAUAAUCUUAGAUUAGAUGCUUUCUUCCCAAAUACUAACCCUAUGAUAUUAUCCUUAAUAUUUCCUCAGGUCCCUACUACUGCGGAGUUGGGGCAGACAAAGUCUAUGGACGUGACAUUGUGGAGUGUCACUAUAAGGCUUGCCUCUAUGCUGGCAUCAAGAUCUGUGGUACAAAUGCAGAAGUGAUGCCCUCACAGGUAAGGGGGGGAACCCUACUUGUAUCUGUGGUCAAUCUUUUACCAGUAGUUCUUCUUUAUAAACAGAUUUAUAACAAAGCCACCAUUUGGUCUGUUUUCAGUGGGAAUUUCAGGUCGGUCCUUGUGAAGGCAUUGACAUGGGUGAUCAUUUGUGGAUGGCUCGGUACAUCCUUCAUCGGGUCUGUGAAGACUUUGGUGUUGUUGCCACUCUUGAUCCAAAACCUAUGACUGGUAACUGGAAUGGGGCUGGAUGUCACACCAACUACAGCACAGACAACAUGAGGAAUGAAGCAGGAUUAAAGUGAGUUCUCAAACACCUUGUGUUUUGUGUCAAGAGUAAAAUCUUUUUGGUGUUUUGUAUAACUAAAUGGUCAAUCUGGAGCAGUUUUUGGGAACAUUCCACAUGCUUCAUUUAUUUUAACUACAAUCAACAUAGAUGACCAUCUUCAGCUGAGACAUCGCCACAAAACCGUAGCAGAUGCAUAGUCCACAGUAGCUGAACUUAAAAAAACAAAAAACCUGGUUUCGCAAUGUGUUCUUGUGGGGGUUUCUUAACUUUUAUUUGUCUAACAUCUGCUCAAUUCCUCUACUAGGUACAUUGAAGAUGCUAUUGAGAAGCUUGGAAAAAGACACGACUACCACAUAUGUGUGUAUGAUCCCCGUGGUGGCAAGGACAACCUCCGUCGUCUUACCGGCAAGCACGAGACCUCUAGUAUCCAUGAAUUUUCUGCAGGUGUUGCCAACCGUGGUGCCAGUAUCCGUAUACCACGCCAAGUUGGGCAGGAAGGCAAGGGGUACUUUGAAGAUCGCCGGCCAGCUGCCAACUGUGACCCAUAUGCUGUUACUGAAGCUAUGAUCAGGACAACCAUUCUGAAUGAAACUGGCAAUGAGACCAAAGACUAUGGAAACUGA